AUGUCGAAAACAGACAGACAGACAGACUCCAGAUGUCAGUUGUCCAACAAUUCAGAUGGUUUGCAGUCUAUAUGCACUUCCACUGUGACUGGCACAAGUACUUCCGAUUCAAUCCGUUCAGUACAUGAUAAGGCUUCAAACAACCUUUGCUCUUCCGUGGCUCAAGUGACUAGUUCCAGCGUUGCUUCGGGAACACUGCUUACUGCUUCAUCAAGCAUAGAAAAUGUCUUUGCAGAAACUAAAUCACCUGGAAGUGAUGUGAAUAAUUUGUUUUCUCUUCCUCUUCGAUUGUCAACUGGUUUUGUUGGUGUUUCGCACAUUGAAAAUCCUGUGUUUCAUGAAUUUAUCAACGAGAAGUGUAAUAGACUACGAUAUCCUCCUCAGUUGGCUUUGGAAAUGUGGCAAUUGUAUUCAUCAUCGAAUUUGCCUGUGGUAUCGACCGACAAGCCUCCUAUUUCGUGUGGUCAAUAUAAAAGUUCAUCCUGCGGCACUCAACAACCGGAUCGUGGGUGCUUGAAAACAGAUGAUAGUCAUUUCAGUGUUAGUUUUUCGUGUGUACCUGUCAAAUCCAAUACCGUGAUAGUGCAUAACAAAAGUCGCCUUCGUACGAAAGCUCAAAUGCGUGAAGUAAGCACGAUAAAGGAGAGAACAUCAGAGAAGAUUAAGUUAGAAAAUUGUAACAAUAAGUGUAGGCAAUCAGAAGGCUGUUUAUCAGACAAAGAAAAUACCAAUGUAUCAAAUUCUGAGGUGGUAAUCGUGUCUGUAAGUUAG